UGUGUCUCUAAUUACUCAUUCUGAGUUUAUUAAUUUCUUAUCUAGUAUCGAAUUCUCCACCUUCAAGGAGUAUUUGUCGGAAAAUUAUUAAAAACAUUCAUGACUCGUUUAAAUAUUAACAAAAUUCAUUCAUUUAUUUUUAUUUUUAAUUCGAACCCACUUUAAGUGAAAUUCUGCCCCACGUCACCAACUACUUAUGUUCUCGUCAUCUGCAUGAGCAAUAGUAUUUUUUAAGUAAUCCUUGUUCAAUUGCCUGUUCUAAUUAGCACCACAUUUUAUAACUGGAUGGGGAUAAAGAUAUAUGUUGAACUUUGAUUAUGCUUAAUCGAGCGGCUUUGCGUCUAAUCCUAUAGGUUGUAAAAUGGGCUGAACUGAAGAUUAAUAUAGGCCAGAUAAUUUGGGCUUUGCUUGUAUCAAUUUUGAGCUUUGCACUGCUAUUUUAUUUUGGGCCUUCUAAGAGCCCAGGACUCAAUUGACGCCAUUUUUUCUUUUCUUUUUCCCCGAUGAAGUAGUGAUGACGUAGUGACAUUGUAGCGAGAAAGAGACGUCAACCAAUUGAAAGCCACACCGGCAGGGUCGUAAAGGGCCGAGGCGGUGACAGUCCACCGGCCACGGGGUGGUCAACAAGUUAUGAGUUAUGACGGCAUCUGAUUCCCGUCUACGAAAACACAAGCGAGGAUUCUGCGGUAACCACUCCCCGGCGGCGAGCUAAUUUCCUCCAGCGCGGGAAGCGAGUGAAACGAAAAUGGAAGCUGACAAGCAAGAGUUCCUCAACGAAUUUGGCGACAGUUACGGCUACCCCGACGGUCCUAGAGGCAUCGAUGAAAUACGCGCCGCUGAGUUCAAGCGAUUGGAUGGAAACGGAGGUCUUGUGUACUUGGACCACGCCGGAGCGACUCUGUACUCCGAGCUGCAGAUGGAGCGAGUUUUCAAGGAUCUCGCCGCUAAUGUUUAUGGAAAUCCACAUAGCCAAAGCGAUAGUAGCUCUGCAACUACGGACGCUGUGAGGGAAGCGCGCCAGCAGGUACUUGAUUACUUCAAUGCGUCCCCGAAGGAUUACAAGUGUAUAUUCACGUCUGGGGCUACAGCAGCGCUAAAGCUCGUAGGGGAGGCCUUUCCAUGGAGUGGUAGCAGUAGUUACAUGUACACCAUGGAAAAUCACAAUAGUGUGCUUGGGAUCAGAGAAUAUGCUCUCAGUCGAGGAGCUGCAGCUUUUGCAGUUGAUGUUGAAUGUCCUGAGCCCUUGGACUUUGGAUCAACGAGCCCAUCUUCCUCGUUUGAAUUCUCACUUCAUCCUGUACAAAGGAGGAACGAAAUUAGACAUAUGGAUGGAGGCUCCGGAGAUGAUGUGUUUAACUUAUUUUCCUUCCCUUCCGAGUGCAAUUUCUCCGGCAUGAGAUUCAACCUUGAUUUGGUGAAGCUCAUUAAGGAAGAUUCACAAAGAAUUUUAAGGGGUUCUCCAUAUGGCAAUAGGGGUCGCUGGAUGGUCUUGAUAGAUGCUGCAAAAGGAUGUUCAACUGAACCGCCGGAUUUGUCCAAGUGUCCUGCUGAUUUUGUUGCAAUAUCGUUCUAUAAGUUGUUUGGUUAUCCAACUGGACUUGGUGCUCUCAUUGUUCGUAAUGAUGCUGCCAAGCUACUGAAGCCGACCUAUUUCAGUGGAGGGACAGUUGCGGCAUCAUUUGCUGAUUUGGAUUUUGUGAAAAGAAGAGAAAAUAUCGAAGAGCUUUUCGAGGAUGGCACUACCUCAUUUUUAAGCAUAGCAUCGAUACAGCAUGGCUUCAAGAUCCUGAAGUCCUUAACUGUUACUGGGAUACGCCGGCAUACGGCAUCACUAACCGUGUAUACUAAGAAAAUGCUUUUGGCCUUGCGACAUGUAAAUGGAGCUAUUGUCUGCACGGUUUAUGGAAAUCAUGCUUCAAAGGUGCCUUGUCGUGCGUUAGGUCCUACUGUAUCAUUCAACUUGAAAAGGCAAGAUGGUUCAUGGGUUGGUUAUCGUGAGGUUGAGAAAUUGGCUACGUUGUCUGGAAUUCAGCUACGGACAGGAUGUUUUUGCAACCCAGGCGCAUGUGCCAAGUAUCUUGAGUUGUCUCACCUGGAUCUUCUCUCGAACUUGGAGGCUGGACAUGUGUGCUGGGAUGAUCAUGACUUAAUAAAUGGAAAACCUACAGGAGCUGUUAGAAUAUCAUUUGGUUACAUGUCAACUUAUGAAGAUGCGAAGAAAUUCAUUGACUUCAUCAAAGGUUCAUUUGUAUCCACACAAAUUAGUAUUGGAAAUGGGCAUCUGUUAACGACAAGGGCCUUCUCAUUCUCAAGUGAAGGUUGUCAAAAACGAUUUCCAUCUGCUGUUUAUCAACUAAAGUCCAUUACUGUUUACCCCAUUAAAUCAUGUGCCGGAUUCAGUGCUGAAUUUUGGCCGCUGAGUAGUACUGGUCUGCGUCAUGAUAGGGAAUGGCUUAUUAGAAGUAUAACUGGGGAAGUUUUGACUCAGAAAAAGGUUCCUGAAAUGUGUUUAAUCAGUACUUUCCUUGACCUCAAGCAAGGAAAAAUGAUUGUAGAGUCGCCUCGGUGCAGAGAUAAGUUGCAGAUUACCCUUGAUACAGAUUCAAGCCUUGUCCCAACAGAAGAUAUUGAGUUGCAUGCUCAGAGAUGUACAGUUCAUCACUACGAUAACGAUGUCAACCAAUGGUUUACUAUUGCCAUUGGCCGUCCGUGUAUGCUGUUACGAUCUUCUGGUUCAAACAACACCAAAACCUCAGGUGUGUGUCGGGAAGUGAAUGCUAGAACUAACUUCCCAAACGAGGCACAAUUCUUGCUGAUAUCAGAGGAGAGCAUAUCCGACCUCAACACAAGGUUAAGCUCGGGUGCACUGAAGGCAGCCCAUGGUUCACCAGUUCAGGUGACUCCCACAAGGUUUCGGCCUAACCUUGUGGUAUCCGGAGGCAAACCUUACGCUGAAGAUGGAUGGACGAGCCUCCAAAUAGGAAAUGCACAUUUUACAUCGAUUGGUGGAUGCAACCGUUGCCAGAUGAUCAAUCUCGGCCAUCAGUCUGGACAAGUCCAGAGGACUAAGGAACCAUUGGCAACACUAGCUUCGUACAGAAGAGUGAAGGGGAAGAUCCUGUUUGGUAUACUGCUGAGGUACGAGUCCGGAGAUGACGAGGAGAACGUGAAGCAUGAUGAUUCGUGGCUUCAAGUAGGUCAAGAAGUCCUUCCAAAUUCAUCAUAGCUGCCCUCCAUUAGAACGAUACCUGAUGGCUCGUGCGGUUCCCACGGUGCUGAAAACAUCUAACCCGUCCUAAACCUGCAUAUACUAACUACAGCAGUUCAAAGAAUGAAUCAAGGGUGAAAGAAAGAGCAUAGUCAACUGACGAGACACGUUAACUUUGUAUUGUUAGAAUCGAUCUGGGAGGCAAUUAGUAGCUUCACAAAACUUCCUCUCUUCGUUCCUAUUUGUGUACAAAAUGUACCUAAAUGUUGUGUCCAUAAUCUCUGGUGGUGUUUGCUUUGUCCAAGACUUCUGGUUUAUGUUUCGAAGAAGAGUUUCUUGUCAACUCGUCCAUAUCUCCUUGGCUCUUGCUUUUUCCAUGUGGUGAUUGAACCAUUUGUGUUUGCUUGUUGGGGAACCUCUAAUAACUUGCUGGCAGGGUUCCGAGCCUUGACUUCAACUGCAGCCCUGCCGGGCAGGCAAUAUAGCAAGGUUUUCGGGCGGAGAUAGCAUAACAACACCCUAAAUGUUGUUAUUAUAACAACAAGGGCAUAACUGUAAAUGGCAAUAAACUAUUUUUUUAUCACCAUCUCUCCCAUUCAGAUCCCAUCGCCGCCGUCUCAGCCCCUCUCUCCCCCAAAAUGCCCGUGACGGAGGCGGAGACACCAAUCUCGUCAGAGGAAGCGGGAGGGCCUCCGCUGCCGCCACUCCGCCACCGCUCAUAAACGAUUCCACCGAUCUGAUGCGCAGGAUAUCACUGCUCGCAUACUUUCUCGAGGAGAUCUGGAUCAUUGGAUUGCGAUGCCGCCGCUUCCACUUCGUCGCGUGCUGCGGCCAGAUCGAACUGGUUCGCUCCCAAAGGCGACAGCGCCGCUUUCACCCCGCUCGUCCCCAAAGCUAUUAGGUACAUCCCGAUUGAACAGCAUCGCUGACUGGCCGCUGGUCGCGUCCUCGCACUGGCUCCCGCCGCUCAACCAAUUGAUCAUUGAUCUCAAUUCUCAACAAUACGCCUCAUUGAUCUCACUUCCUCCCCGUCUUUCCCCCCCCCCCCCCCCCCCCCCCCCCCCCCCCCCCCCCCUCCACGCUGACGGAUUCCCCAAUGUUGUCAUCACCAAAUUCUUUUCAUUUUCCCACCUUAUUUAUUGCAUUAAAAUGAUAGAAGAGUACUGGUAAUGGCAAGUGGAGGAUAUAUGGAUAGCUUUCUGACAUUGUAAUGGUUGAUAUCUGAUCACUUGAGAUCAAUUGUCCCUAAGAUCAACAAAGUUUAUCAUUUUUUGUUUUGUUUUAUGAUGUAUCAAAAGCAUCCUAAUAUAGAACAUAAGUCUCGUGAAGCAAAACAGAGCAAAACAGAAACACCAUAAUGUGAGCCAUAAAUAUUUUUAAAGCACACCAAAAACCUUAUUAUACAAACCAUAACUCUCCUAAAACAAACCAAAAACACCACAAAGCACACAAAAAACCUCCUAAUGCAGACCACAAACGUGAUAAAAAAACCACAAAAAAAAAAAAAACAAACCAGAAACCUCCUAAUGCAAACCACAAAUCUCCUAAAACAAACUAGAAACCCUACAAUGCAAACCACAACAUUUGCGAAAGCACACCAUAAACCUCCUAAUGCAAACCACAAACACAGUAAAUCAAACCACAAAAAAGCAAACCAUAAACGUCCUAAUGCAAACAGCAAAUAUAUUAAAACAAACCAGAAACCUCACAAUGCAAACCACAAAGUUUUUGAAAACAAACCAGAAACUUCUCAAUGCAAACCACAAACACGAUAAAGCAAACCAGAAACUUCUUAAUGCAAACCACAAACACGAUAAAGCAAACCACAAAAGGCAUACGAAAAUAUGAGAAACCAAACCAUAAAUCUCACAAUGCAGACCAUACAUCCGGGGGUCGUUGACCGUUGAUCGGUCAACGAAGACCGUUGACCGAACUCCGAUGACCGUCAGUGACCGGAUUCCGGCGCCAAUAGGCAUAUUCCGGCCCCGAUGACUAGAUUCCGACGCCGAUAAGCAUAUUCCGACCACGGUGAGCAUAUUCCGGCGACGGUGGCAUAUUCCGAUGACAAAAUAGCAUAUUCCGACGACAAAAAAGCAUAUUCCGGUGACCGGAGACCGAAUUCCGACGACCAAAUUUUUGGGCAGAAAAUAAAAAAAAUAUUUUUUAUUUUUUUAUUUUUUUAUUUUUUUUUAUUUUUUAUUAUUUAAACAUAUUUUUCAUAAUGACAAUUAUACCCCUGUUUUGAUUUUGCACUAGGUCAACUCAACUAAUAAAAAGUCAUCACAUCCCUAGCUUCCUAUUGGUUGGAGGCUAGUGUUGUUACAAUAACAACACAAGGAGUGUUGUCAUACUAUCUAGUCCCAAGGUUUUCUGGAAGGUUUGCAAGGAUAUCAAACAUGUGGGGGCCAUUGUUAUAAGACCGAUCAGCAUAACCCAUAAACUACCGGAGUAGAAAUGGCAACUCUAUGGGAUGGGUAUCUCGAUAUUCAUAUUCGCUUUGUGGUAGGUUGGGUAUAGAUCGAGUAAAUUUAUCACGGGACGCUGGUCGGAGCAGGUUGGGUUAUAUGAAUAUGUAAUUUAAAGAGAAAAUAAUAGAAAUAUUCAUUUUUCAUUAAGACAACUAAUAAAUAAACUAUUUAUCGUGUAAUUAAAUUAUUUGAGAAUUCAAGGUUUUCAUAUAUUUACAGUUUUAUUUUAGUUAAAAUUUGAGAAUUCUAAAUAAUUUGACUAAAAUUACAUGUAAUUUAGACAAGAAUGGAUCGAGAAUGGAACGAGUCAAGACAUAUCACGUCAAGGAGGGUAGUACUCAUGUCUGCCCCACAUUGCUCCGCUUACGAGGCUGAUAUUAUUCGCCCCAAAACAAAUUAAACAGGUUGGAUAACAUGGGUUAGUUCGAAAUUAUCAUGCUGAGAUGCUGUGAAGGAGGGCGUAAAUCAUAAUACUUUGGUUCUGGUGGGUCAUGAGUUAAUGAUCUAACUUCCUUGGUUAGUUGAGAAAUUGGAGUGAGAGACAAGACAUAAUAGAAAAGGAAGAGAGUGUCACAAUUACAAAGUGGAACAUUCCAAUGUACCAAAAUGUCAUGGCUAUUGACUGCGGACUUUGACUUCGUCCCGCUGUUGUUUGUACCCAUUUUUUUCCUUUGCCCUCUCAUGCAUGUUGAAAUUUUUAAAACUGAAACUGUUACUGGUAGAUGGGUGGAUGGAUGAGUGACGCAUAGAAGCCAUUUUAGAACAUUCUUUUGUCUCCUCCUUGCACCCAAGUCUACGGAGCUGAAAAUUUAUCACCCUAGGAACCCCAACUCCAUUUACAAAUAUCAAAGAAAGCAAUAGUUACAAUAGAUGUUUACAAUUGAGUAGACGCUUUCUUAGUGACGAUGGAUCGAAUCUAGUUAACCGGCUAGAAAAGUAUGCAAACAAACGAGGACUAUACAAAGCAAAAAAGGAAGGAAUAAAAUUAAAAUUAACAUGGAAGUCCCCCGUUUUCGGUAAUAAAAUGGUUUAAUCAGA